GAGGGUUUCACCAUGGACAUGUUCGUCACAGAGACGUUGACUGCAUGGCAGCUUGAGAACUUGAUUGACACAUUUAAAGGCCACAGACACAAAGAAAGCCCUUGCCGUGGCAUUGGUGUAUGAAUUCCCUUGCCUUUUGGAUGGUACAGGCAGUGGCUAUGGAGCUUGGUACACACCUGGCCGAAAUCACAAACCUGCUACAGGUUUCCUGGAGGAGCGCUUGAGGAACGUCAGGAAGCGCAUGAGAAUGCUGAAACGACCACGCCACCAAGAACAACAGAAGGAACAGACCGUCCCUAGUACACCAGAAUAUGAUGUGCCUCCUGAAAAACUUCUAGAAAUGGUUGAAUGGAUGAAGGUCAAUAGGUAUCCAGUGUCCCAAGUUGAGGACUACAUGAAUCAAACAGCUCUACAUAGAGGCAAGUGGAUUCGCAGCAAUGGAUCUAAAAGCCUCCAGGAAAUCUUGACUGAGUUCCCUAGGCUUUUAGACAAUCCUGGCAUGAUAUCACAAGACUUCCAGCAGCUUCAUCCAGAGGCAGUAGGAAAACUGUUUCAGAACUGGGCUACUAUGAGUGACCAAAUCCUUACAUAUGCCCAGCGAGAGGGAAAACUGCCCUUGGUGUUUGAUGACAUGACACCAGACCGAGCUUUGAAAGUCCUGCCGAUUCUGCUUCCUCCAUCGGUCUACAGGAUUGGAGGAAAAGUCCACAGACCCACCAUAGAGGAGUCCCGCAAGUCCUUCAUUAAUAUCCAACCAGUGGGCACCAACAUGGUACAGUACCUACAGACAGUAGAGAGAACUCAACCCUUCCCGCACAUCUUGUGUCUUUGUGAUGACAUGACAACAUGCCAGACCUUCACCAUUGUGUCAGACAACGCCAUUGAAACGGACACUUUUCUGGGUGCAGUAGAUCUUUGUUUUAAGGCUUUCUUUGUGCUUGACCUCAAUUACACAAAGCAGUGUCUCCCCACCUGGGAGUUUAUCCAACAGGCAGUAUAUAACAUUGAUGGACAUGAAUCCUCAAAUGUCAAAUUUAUGAGGACAUCAAUUGCAGCUUUGGCCUAAAGGUACACAGAGAGAAGUAGCCUUUUAGUGAUGUGUGUCAAACAAGUGGACAGCUGCUCUCUAAAAAUAUGAUUGACACAAAACAUGAUUGCAGAAGACAGUAGGCACACACU